UGCGGCUGCGGGCAACGGGACUAUGUCGCAGACGCGCCGCCACCUGCGCCCCGCUCUUUUCCUGGCGGCGGUUUCUGCGCGCGUUCCAACUACCCGGGUAGCUGCGCGGCGAGGGCUGAGCGCGUGGCCUGCGCCGCAGGAGCCCGGCAUGGAGUAUCAGGAUGCCGUGCGCACACUGAACACCCUGCAGACCAAUGCUGGCUACCUGGAGCAGGUAAAGCGCCAGCGCGGUGACCCUCAAACACAGCUGGAAGCCAUGAAGCUGUACUUGGCACGGAGUGGGCUGCAGGUGGAAGACUUGGACCAGCUGAACAUUAUUCACGUCACUGGGACCAAGGGGAAGGGUUCCACUUGUGCCUUUACUGAACGUAUUCUCCGAAGCUAUGGCCUGAAGACAGGAUUCUUUAGCUCUCCCCACCUGGUGCAGGUGCGGGAGCGGAUCCGCAUCAACGGGCGGCCCAUAAGCCCUGAGCUCUUCACCAAGCACUUCUGGCACCUCUACCACCGGCUGGAGGAGAGCAAGGACAGCAGCAGCUGUGUCUCCAUGCCCGCCUACUUCCGCUUCCUCACGCUCAUGGCCUUCCAUGUCUUCCUCCAAGAGAAGGUAGACCUGGCAGUGGUGGAAGUGGGCAUUGGUGGCGCUUACGACUGCACCAACAUCAUCAGGAAGCCUGUGGUAUGUGGCAUCUCCUCUCUCGGCCUCGACCACACCAGCAUUCUGGGAGACACGGUGGAGAAGAUCGCCUGGCAGAAAGGGGGCAUCUUCAAGCGUGGCGUCCCCGCCUUCACCGUGCUCCAGCCUGACGGUCCCCUGGCAGUGCUGAGGGACCGUGCUCAGCAGAUCUCAUGUCCUCUCUACCUGUGCCCACCGCUGGAAGCUCUGGAGGAAGGGGGGCCUCCGCUGACCCUGGGCCUGGAGGGAGAGCACCAGCGGUCCAAUGCCGCCUUGGCCUUGCAGCUGGCUCGCUGUUGGCUGCAGCAGAAGGACCACCGGGGCCUCGGGGAGCUGAAGGUGUCCAGGCCCAGUCUCUUGCGGCAGAUGCCCCUGGCACCCGUGUUCCAGCCCACGACCCACAUGCGGCAUGGGCUUCGGGACACGGAGUGGCUGGGCCGGACGCAGGUGCUGCGGCGCGGGCCCCUCACCUGGUACCUGGACGGCGCGCACACUGCCAGCAGCAUGCAGGCCUGCGUGCGCUGGUUCUGCCAGGCGCUACACCGCCACCCGAGGCCGGGCCGCGGGCCUGAGGUGCGCGUCCUGCUUUUUAACUCCACGGGGGACCGGGAUCCUGUGACCCUGUUGAAGCUGCUGCAGCCCUGUCAGUUUGACUAUGCCGUUUUCUGCCCUAACCUGACAGAGGUCUCAACUGCCGGCAAUGCAGACCAGCAGAACUUCAUGGUGACCUUGGACCAGGUGUUGCUCCGCUGCCUCGCGCACCAGGAGCAUUGGAGCCGCCUGGAGGAGGAGCAGGCCGGCCCGGAGCCCGGAGCGCCCGCAUCUCUGCUGCUGGCUCCCCACCCACCCGAAGCCCAUAGUGCCGCCAGCUCCCUCGUCUUCAGCUGCAUCUCCCAUGCCCUGCAGUGGAUCAGCCAAGGCCGGGACCCUGUGUUUCAGCCACCCGAUCCCCCACAGGGUCUCCUCGCCCAUGCUGUGGCAGGCAGCGGGGCCGACGUGCUCCGUGAGGCUGCUGCCAUCCACGUGCUGGUCACAGGCAGCCUGCACCUGGUGGGUGGCGUCCUGAAGCUGCUGGAGCCCAGCCUGUCCCAGUAGCCCAGGCAGUGGGGUUGGAAGUGGGGCGUCCCCCACGCCUGCCCUGCGUCUCUCCGUGAACUGCUACAUGAGGUGCCUUUAGGUUUUGCUUUUCUGGUUGCCUCGACUGGCCCGAGGACUCAGGCUUUGGGUGGCAAGAUAGAGCGCCGGAGGUGGGAGGCAGAGAUGGGACAUCCGCUGUGUCUGAGCGUCGGGUGCCUCUGGCCUCUUCUUUCUCCUGCCUGAGACAGCCAGAGGGCUUCCUGGUUGUCCUGCGAUCCGGGUUAGGCCUGACCACACAGCCACCUCCCUUCCCCCCCUGCCUGCUUCCUGCCUCAAGCUGCCUGGCCAGGCCUGGGGUCCUACUGGGUGCUGGUUGAUAGCUUUCCUCCUCCUAGUGGCCUUCUGGGAAAAAGGAGGCCCCUGCACUGGGGUCUCCUAGGGACAGAGAAUGGCUGGAGUCCAUUAAAGCCUUUAACUUUUUUAAGGAAA